CUUAUAACCCUCUAUUCACUUUUUGACGUUUGAGAGAGAGAGAGAAAGAGAAAGAUGGAGCUCACUCAACAGGAUUUUUUGGAGGAAUUGCUGGCUCCGAGGAUAGAAAGUUGGAACACUUUUACAAGUGGAGUGAAGGAAUUCUUCCCAAAUGCAUGGAACAUUGAAUCGUCCAGCUUUUAUCAACAAAACCCAGAAUUUAUAGCCCAAAACUCUUCCCUUUUAGAGCUCAUAUCUCCUGUAGAAUCCAGCUUUCCAUGUCCUUCUUUCACUCCCCAAGAAUCUUACCCUUUUCUUGAUACUUUUAUUACAGCCCCAGCUGAAGUUGAUUCAACUAAUUAUAUUCAAGAAGAGUACAGUAAUAGAGCCAUUGUGGAGGAAGGAGAAGGAGUUGGCCUUAUUUCUACUGAUUUUCAUGGCCAUAUUGGUCUUCGACAAGAUUCAAGCUGUUUUAAUAACAAGGUCAAAAUGGAAGAAGCCACUUCAAGAAUUAAUAUUGGUCAUAUUCCUAAUAAUAUGGGAGAAAAGAAGAGUACUACUACUAGAGUUAAGAAGGUUGAGGGGCAGCCCUCUAAAAAUCUAAUGGCAGAAAGGAGGAGAAGAAAACGACUCAAUGACCGUCUCUCCAUGCUUAGAUCCAUUGUUCCCAAAAUAAGCAAGAUGGACAGAACAUCCAUACUUGGAGAUACAAUUGAUUACAUGAAGGAGCUCAUAGAUAAAAUUCACAGGUUGCGUGAAGAUCAUGAAAUGGAAGACGAAACUAAGGAUAGAAAAUUACUGGGAAAUUACAAAGAGCUAAAACCUAAUGAAGCACUUGUCAGAAACCCUCCAAAGUUUGAUGUAGAAAGGAGAAAUGAGGAGACGAGGAUAGAGAUAUGUUGCGCAGCGAAGCCUGGACUAGUGUUAUCCACAGUAAGCACAAUAGAAGCAUUAGGUCUUGACGUGCAACAAUGUGUUGUCAGCUGUUUCAGUGAUUUUUCAAUGCGAGCUUCUUGUUCCGAGGCAACGGAGCAUCGAACAAUUUUGAGGUCCGAAGACGUCAAGCAAGCUUUGUUCAAAACUGCAGGUUAUGGAGGAAGAUGUCUCUAGGGGAUGGUAUUUACAUACACGAAGCUCAAAGAAAGUCUUAAGAGAUUUUGUCUGUUGUUCAAUGAGUAAAGCAAUUUAAUAGUAAAUGUUAAAUGAUCAUUCUCCAAUUGAGCUCCCUUUAUUCAUUUA